CUGUGGCGAAAUUUUCAUGGAUAGCUUCCUAGUUGAGUUUUUAACCGCCGACUCCGGUGUAAUCUUCUUGUGUUUUUGCAAUUGGAUCUAUUCUACUUGAAUUUCGCCUUACUGUUCAAGGAAAGAUUCGCUGAUCGUCCAUCUAUUAUUCAAGACUUUCCCCGACAUUCGUACGGUUCAAAAUAUUCAGUUCUCGGGGAAUGGUCAACUGUUGAACGCCGUCAAGUUGACAUAACGACACUCUCCCCUAGCCGGCCAAUCAGCUCCUGGCGUAUAUCAUAAACCAUGGAGAAACGUCAAACGGCGAGCGCAGUUUGGUCGGCGAGCUAGCUGCCCGGGUCGCCGAACUAUGUAUGAGUCGACCCGAGAUAGUUCGGCGACCCGACUGGGGUUUAAGAUCGAUUUCAACAAGUAUAAAACGACUCUCUUCAUUCUUUGUUAACCUUCAAGAAUCGCUGCAUGCAAGUCUAGUGAAUUGGUAAAAUCAUGAAAUCAUGAAAUCUCUUCGACCUCAUCUUAUCAAUAACUGGCAACCGCUUAGUCUCCUUGGGGGACGGACCUCCGCCACCCUUCCUUUCCAUCAACGCAUUGCGCAUAAUGCGACAUACACUGCCCAAACCCUUCCAAGGAGCUGUUCUUCUAGCAGCGGAGGGGUUUAUCAAGAAUCUUGCAAGCGUCUAUUAGUCUCUGGGCGGCGUACCUUCUCACAGCCCUGCAUGCAGACAGUCAGGUCCAAAUUGCCACAACAUACACCUCGAGUUCGAGCUGCAUAUAGUACGCAACGCACCGCCACCAACGAGCCAAUUAUCCACGACGUCUUCGAAAGCAAAACAGGUACAUGGCAAUACGUGGUGGCUGACCCGUCCACUUUGACCGCCGUCAUUAUCGACCCUGUUCUGGACUACGAUCCCGCCACGCAAGUCAUAACAACCAGCUCAGCUGAUCAAUUGCUCUCGUUAGUCAAAGAGAAGAGCUACAAGGUUGACAGAAUCCUCGAAACGCACGUCCAUGCGGAUCAUAUCACCGCAGCAACGUAUCUCCAGAAACGACUAGCUGCGGAACAAGGUCAUCGGCCACCUAUCAGUAUUGGAAAGCGGAUUGGUCAAGUGCAGAAGCUGUUCAGUCAGAGAUAUAGCGUUCCGAGAGAGGAAUAUGAGAAUGUUUUCUCGAAGCUUUUCGAUGAUGAUGAGACGUUUAGUAUUGGUGAGAUACAGGCUACGGCUAUGCACCUUCCUGGUCAUACUCCUGAUCAUCUUGGGUAUAAAAUUGGAGAUAAUGUAUUUUGCGGCGACUCUCUCUUCCAUGUAGAUAUUGGCACUGCACGUUGCGACUUCCCCGGUGGAAGCGCCAACGAUCUCUAUGACUCAGGUCGCAAGCUGCUCAGCUUGCCGGACCAUGUCAAAAUCUGGCCGGGUCAUGACUACCCACCGGAAGGCCGUGGUCCUGUUCCCUGGAUAAGCGUCAAGGCGCAUAGGGAGAAGAACACGCAUCUGAAUGACAAAGUGACGGAGGAUGAAUUCGUAACUUUCCGUAAGGAACGUGAUGCGAAGCUGGCAGAGCCGAGACUAUUGCAUCAAUCACUACAGAUGAAUAUACGAGCAGGAAGACUUCCCAAACCGACGGAAUCAGGACAUCGGAUGCUUCAUCUUCCGUUGAAGUUGAGGGGAUUGGAAUGGUAAGUAAUAGCUUGGAUGCUGUGAGCGGAUAUAUAUGUAUGUAUAGCACGCACAAAUAUACACCAGU